CGUUGUGCUGGUCCUAAAGAGAGAAAGAGGAGAUUAGAGAGAGGACCGCCUGUGGCUUGGCCGUGUUGCAGACGGCGUGGCCUUAGACCGUUUCUUUCCCCGCACCCCCUUUACAACUCAUUUCCCCACGCAAUCACCCAACACACCAAGCCCCACAACACUCCUCUCUCUCUCUCUAAAUCCCCCUUUCUCUCUCUCUCUAAACCCCUGUCCAUCUGAAUUAAUACAGUGAGAGACUUUUUUUUUUGAGCAAGCACAGGGAGAGAGGCUCUUAACUAUGUCAAUCUCUGUUUACCCACACAGAAGAAGCCUCUCUCUCUCUUAAUUGUCUAUUAAUUCCCUUGUCUCUCUCAUCCAACAUUUGAUAUUGAGUGAGAUCAACACAGAGACGAGAAAGUCUACCCAAACCUCACACAGGCCUCCUACCCUUGUGUCUAUCAUGCACGACGCCCUUCCUUCCUGCUUCAAUGCCGGGGCCGAGCGCGGAGCUGAUGGUGCAGCUGAACCAGACACCCAAAAACCUAUCCAGAACCUAACCACAUGCCUCUACCACACCCAUCACCUCGGCUCUGUUGCGGUGACCUGGUGCCGGACUACCUUGGGCCACUCGUUCACCAUAUCACUCUCUAACAUCUCCACCACUCUCCACCACUCCACCCCUCUCCUCUUCUGGCGCAAGCGCAAAGGCUCCAAGUCCCUCUCCCUCUUUAAUCACACAAACAGCGGCGGCGGCGGCGGCGGCGGCGCGAAAACAUCCAAAUCUCUCUCCCUCUUCAAUCAGAAUACAAGAUCCAGCAAAUCAACCCACUUGUUUUGGGAUUUAACUCGUGCUCACUACCCUCCUAACUCAGCCGAGCCAGACAGAGGGUUCUACAUUGCCCUGAAAUAUCUUGAUGAUAUAGUUCUCCUUCUCGGUGAUCGGAUCGGCGAUGCACUUGCCGUCACAGUUGCUAAGCCCAUAUCAACUCUGCCGUGCUUGGUGGCCCGAAGGGAACACGUUUUUGGGACGCGGCUCUGCACCGCACGAGCCGCCCUCACUGGAGGUCGCACCCACGAGAUUGCCAUAAGUUGGGGCUCUGAAUUGUGCGUUAGAAUCGACGAUCGUGUGGUUGUGCAUGUUCGCGAAUUGGCCUGGAAGUUUAGGGGAAACCAGGAGAUAGAAUUGGAAGGUGUGAAGGUUGGGGUAUAUUGGGAUGUUUUCGACUGGUUCUUUGGUGGGUGCGAGAAUGGCCAUGCCGUGUUCAUGUUUAGGGCCGACGGGUCGGAUGUCGGCUCGGUGGUUUGGCCUCCUAGUGGGCUUGGGGUUAAGGGGAGAGAGAAGAGAUUGUUGAAGACAGGUUCCGCGUCCGGCGGAUCAAGUUCAGGUUCAGGAUCGUCCAGCUCGUGUUCGAGCUCUUCAGUUUUAGAGUGGGUGGGAGUGGAAGAGGAGGUUAACAGGGGUUUCUCUCUCUUGCUUUAUGCUUGGAAGAACUGAGUCUGGUUCCUCUCUCUCUGUCUCUUGAUUUCCUCAUAAAAGCUGAGAGCAAUUCAUCACUCACUUCAUUUACUGGGAAGAGCAGAUCACAAUUCCUUUCUCUCUCAAAAGAAAUUAUUUUCUUAGUGUUUAAUUGACUGACCCAUUCAUUGAUAGAUGAGGAGUUCGUCUUC